AUGGCCGCAGUCAAACGCUUCUUCUCCUCUCCCCACUUUGCGGUGGCGGGCGCCAGCAAUGACGCUCAUAAGUUCGGAUACAAGAUUCUCGCCUGGUAUCACCAACACUCGCUCCCAGUGACUCCGCUCAACCCCCGAGCAGCGCAGAUCACGUUCCCCUCGCGUGCUUACGAUACCGUCCCCUCCCCGGCCAGUUUGCCAUCGCCGACGCAGACCUCCCUGUCAGUCGUGACUCCUCCGGCUGUGACCUUCCAGUUGCUGCAGGAAGCGCAUUCGGUGGGGAUCCCGGCUGUUUGGUUGCAACCAGGUACCUUUGACGAUAAAGUGCUGGAGUAUGCCCACGGUCACUUUGAGGCGGUGAUUGCUGGAGAUGGAGGACGAGGCGGCGAGGGAUGGUGUGUGUUGGUCGAUGGCGAUGAAGGACUGGAGGCUGCUGGAGUAGAAUGGACCAGCCAGCGAUUGUAA